CUUGGGGACGUGAACUUGUCCGCUGGUCCAGAGCUAUGUCGUGGAGGCAACUUGGCGGACAAACCGACUUAAAUGGCCUUUCGUCGAACUCAGAGGCCUCGAGGAACGGAAUUUGCUGCGGAUACCUUGCCGCGUGGUACCUGUUCGUUCCGAGGGCAGUUCCUCGCUCUAAAAUAGCUGAUGUUUUCCAGUCAAACUAUUCGCCCGGUAAAGCUCAGAACCGGGAUUGAUCAUAGCCUGUUCGGCCCGAUCAAUUGAUUCCACGCAAUGAUCUUUGCCCCUGCCCCUGCGCCUGGAUGCAUACAUGCCAACGGUGGUAGCUUUUGCUCUCAGUCUCGCUCUCAGUACUUAGUUCUGCACCCUGUGUAGAAAUAAGAAAGAUAGUGAGUCACUCCUCAGGCUUGUGAUUACAACUAUGGCGACAGCACCACCCGCAAUCGCUCCGCUGAGGGAACCUUAUCACUAUGUCCCCACAGAAUACGUCUGCGCCAUUUUCGUUGUACUGUACAGCAUUUCCACGCUGGUACAUCUAUUUCAGUGUAUCAGAGCUAGACUCUGGUGGUUAUUACCAACAGCUGUUUUUGCUGGCGUGGCUGAGAUUCUUGGAUGGAGCGCCAGGCUGUGGUCGAGCAAAAACCCCCACAUUCUUAUCCCGUAUGAAAUCCAACUUACGGCGACUAUACUCGCCCCAACGCCGCUCGUUGCUGCCAACUUUAUUAUUCUCGGAAAAAUCAUAGGUCGUCUCGGUUCCCGCUACAGUCGUCUCUCUCCCAAACUAUAUACCUUCGUGUUCUGCUCCUUUGAUGUAAUCUGUCUUAUAGUCCAAGCCGUCGGAGGAGCAUCAGCUGCCACGGCUGUGGGUAAGCAGCAAAGCCCUAAUAAUGGUGGUAACAUUAUGCUCGGAGGUAUCGUAGCACAGAUGAUAUCUAUCACGGUAUAUGUAGCCUGUGCUGGGGAGUUUUUCCUAAGAUACUUUUCGGAUUCUCCUCUUCGCAGAGUUUUCCCAGUCGACUCUCCUAACAAUGCAGGGGGAAAUGUUAUUGAUCCGAACAUGAAAUUGAUGAUAAUGGCCCUAAUAUUCGAAACUACCUGCAUAUUCAUCAGAUCGGUUUAUCGUACAAUUGAGUUAGCUAAUGGGUUUACUGGGAGGAUCAUAUCUACUCAGGUUUACUUCAAUGUGCUUGAUGGUGCUAUGAUAACUCUGGCUAUCUUUACUCUUAACAUCGCACAUCCAGCGGUCCUCUUGAAAAAUCCUCGUGUUCCUAAUAAAACUAUUGUAGACCAAGGACAAGAAUCGGACUUGGAAGGGAAACUUGAGCCGAAUGCAAUGUAGAUCACCAAAUGCCUAGAAGAUUCAGAGUUUAACGUUUAACAGUCAUUUCCUGCAUGCUACAAUGUCUGACAUUUACAAUCCUGUUUUCGAGUUCUCAAUUUUUGCUAUGGACUAGUAUUGGUCAGUUUCAGUACUGUAAUGUGAAAAAUCUUGUCUUUUUCC